GCAAACGGCGACUACCUGCGCGCGUAUCGGGAGUGUUUUUGCGCGACUCCUUAUCGAAAUGCAUCCAAUGCGAUAUCUUCGCAGCGAAAGCCCAUAGAAAACAGUGCAUAAAAUCCUCAGCAUGGAGCUGUUCAACUGGUUCGAUCUGAUAUCCGUGACUCUGACGUUUCUCGUGAUUCUGUUGGUGCAAGUGUUGAAUGUGUAUUUGCACAUACUGGACGAUAAUAGCGCGGGUGGUGCCAAGACAAUCGAUGUCGUUGACAAAGCCCUGGAAAGGGAACCUGUGAUGGUGCUAGAGGCGCCCAACACGCCCAACACGCCCAACACGCCCAACCGAAACUCGACUUCGACUCCCACAACACUCAGCAAAAAUGGCAAGCUGGAGAAGCAAACGAGUUUGCUGGACAGCGAUAGUGGCAUCUCAUUGAGCUCCAUGUACACCUCAGCAACGACAGCGACCACGGCGGCAGCCACGGCCAACUCAUCUCCAACACACCGAACCCCAAAUGGUUUCCUCUCGCACACGCUCAGUUUCGAGACUCUGGGCGAUGAGUACCACGAGGAUGAGGACACAUUGUCGCUGGAGAAUCUGUUUCCGUGCGACCAAACCGAGAUCUACGCCUCCCGCAAGAUCAGCUUCAUCAUCGACGAGCUCAUCCAGACGGAGGUCAACUAUGUGAACAACCUGAAGAAGGGUCUGGCCAACUAUGGCAGCCUGGACACAAUCGACGAACUGCCCGAAGGCCUGCGCGGUGAGCAGCGCCAGCAGCUGCUCCUGGGCAAUGUCUCCGAGAUUCUGGAGCUGCACGAGCGGGAGAUUCUGCCACUGAUGCUGCGCAAUCAACGCGAUCUGAAGGGUCUCUUUGAUGAGUUUGCCGCGCACUUUGAGAAAAACAACUUUUACUGCUACGUAAGCUUCACCAUGGGCAAGAAAUCUUCCAUGCAGCUGCGUCAGGAACAUCGCGAAUGGCUGCAGACCUAUCAAAGCACAAUAAAAGACAAGCUGGGCAUCGACAGUUUCCUGGUGCAGCCCAUACAAAGACUGACCAGAUAUCCAUUGCUGCUGCAGCAAUUCAUAUCGGAAUUCUACAAGAGUGGCAUCAGCUGCAAGCCCGUGCUGAGCUCCGUUUGCAAGUUGGAGACGCGCAUGCGUCGCGCUCUGGAUGUGGUCAAUCAGGCCGAGGAGAUACCCAACAUUGAUGAGCUGCAUGAGCUGGACCUGCUGCAGCUGGGCAACUUCCGACGUGCCACAGAGUUCGAUGCUCAGCACUUUCCCACACGCAAGAAAUACCGCGCCAAGAUCUUCCUCUUCGACCGGUGCCUGGUGUGCACCGAGGUGCGCAAGAAGCGGCUCGCCUACCGCCAGCACUACCACUGGGAGCACGUGGAGCUGCAGCGUCCGCUGGAGGGCAGUGCGUCCAAUGCCAACAAGAUCAUCAAUCUGCUGGUCAAGCAGCAGGACAAGGACAAGCCGGGCAGCGGCGCCAGUGCCAGUGGCAGUGGCAAGCGCGAGGAGUUCUCCUUUGUGGCCGCCGAGGCGUCUGUGGUGAAGCAAUGGCUGCACGCCACCCACAAGAUCAUCGAAAUUGCCCGCAACGAGCACGCCCAGCGGAACACCUUCAGCCUGCCCAUGGAUCUGGUGCUGGGAGUCGGUCUGGCCAUCUGGCUGAUAUGGCAAUACUUGUAGAUAGAUCAAUCCUAAUUCCUAUUCCCCAUCCUCACACAACUCUAGAUCAUAGAUUUACGAUAUAGGAAUAAAACUAAGUUAUUUCGUA